AUGGCGGAAGGUCGUUUCCUCUCGCAUCUUCUCCAAACAUCGCAAGAGUUACUGGCUUUGGGGGCAAAUCACGCAAACCUUCUUUCAACAAAGUAUCGUGAAUUUGUUCUACAUAAUCCGGAUACUGCUUCCAAGGUCGAAUCUAUUUUACGUGCGUUAUCGUAUAUACUUCCCGGUAGAUUUGGCGCUUCGGAAGCUCUCGCCGAACUCGUGUUUUCUUCAUCGCAACUUCUGACACUUUUACACGAUGGUAUUUUGCGUGAUAGGAAAGAUAGUAGUCAAGGUGGGAGUCAGAGUUCCCCAAAACACCGCGUUUUGCUUUGGUUAACUGUGGUUGAAUAUUUGGAAGUGUUUAUCGAGCUCGGCGCCUUUCGUUUGUGGGGUGAAAUUGGCAAGUGGAUUGUGGUGCUUGUGUUGCAGAUAACAAAGGCCGCACUGAGAUUUGUGUUGCUAUUCAAGUAUAACUCAGGUGUCCAACGUACGCCACACAUUCCUCCCCUUGAUCGAUCAAAGCUGAUGACGCAUGAAGAUGAAACUGAUAGGGAAAAUGAUGAAGAAGAAGAGGCAGGAACUUCAGCUGGGCGACAACAUGAAGACACUGCUGUUUCACCAGAACCAGUCUGGAGGGGAGCCAGAUCAGGAAGACUCAUGAGGUCCCUCAAUGCAACACCAACUGGUGGCUCACGGACUUGGACACUGCCAAAGGAAUCCUCCACAAAGAAAAGAGCAACUCAACCAACUCAUCUCUCUUCCAAAAGACUCUUUGCAGAGAGCCUGUACAUCUCUAGACCUCUCGUUCAUAUCGCCAGCAUGCUUUUAUGUGGACAGUUGUCAUGGAAACCGUGGUUGAUAUCUUGUGGUGUGGAUGUUACAUCAUUAGCUCUUAUGGGUGACUUGAGUGACUUAAAUGAUGAAGAAAAAUCAGAAUUAUCAAGAAGGACAUUGCUGCUGCUCUUUUAUUUCUUGAGGUCACCAUUUUAUGAUAACUACUCAAAGGUGAGGAUUCUUGGUUUUCUGAAGUUUAUGAGUGACACUAUCCCUGGAGUAUCUUUAGUAGUGGCUCCUCUAUUAGACUAUCUUCCAACUUGGCAGAAGAUUUAUUUCUACAACUGGACUUCCUGA